ACAUUUGUGUACGCUACUGUUUUAAUCCCACGGUGGCUGUCAGUCUCUCUGCUAGCAUUCUGUGACAAUACAGUUGGAGUGAGGUUACUUGGGUCACUGAAGCAGGAUGUCGGCGCUACUUUCCAGCGGGUCUACACUCAAAGCAACAUCCAUUGUGAUAAAUGCCAUUCGGAACGCAAGCAAGAAAACUGGAGGCAGCACGAGAAAUCCUAAAGGACACGCACGUCCUAAACAUCGUGGCUGGAAGGUGCAAGAUGGUCACGACGUAUCUGCCGGCACAAUCCUGGCCACUCAGCUAACUCCACGCUUCCAUCCAGGCUUGAAUGUUGGAUUCGGUAAAAAUGGAACUUUGUUUGCCCUCGAGCAUGGGAAAGUCUGCGUGACCUGUGAGAAAUUCGAUCCGAAUUGGGAUCAUACAUGGGUUCAGAGGAUCUAUGCCGGUCGUGAGAAGCAAACCAUCUACAAGAAAUAUUUCAAUGUAAUUCCUGAAAAGCAACACAAGAGGUUUAGGCUUGUUGAUGAGGUUUAAACUAGGAAGCAGCUCGUAUGAAGUCGUCAUAGUAUUUAUAGUUUUCCGUUUUUAUUAAAUUAUGAAGAAAAAUAUGGUAAUUAGUGAAUUCGUACAUACAUAGUAGAUCUGAUUGUUAAAUGCAUGUUGCCAUUGCAUUGGAGAAAAUGAA